UUUUCUCAAAUGGAUAUUCUGAUAUCACUCUUAAUCGCAAUUCAUAGCAGCAGAAGAACAAGCUAUCUAUCUCCCUCUCCAUUUCUUUCUCGUUCCUCAUCUCUACUCCGCAAUCCUUCCGCCAUUAAAGCACCAUCAACCUCAGCUUUCCAUGUUUCUAAACAGAUGUUAACCUUGCGUUAUCUACUACUUGUUCUUUAUCGAAUUCUCGACUCAUUUCUCCAAAUGCUGCAUUGACCCAAACACAUUCAAGAAGCGGAAGCGUAUUCGCCAAAGGCAGCUUCUAUAUCGGGAGGUUUGUUCAGUUUAUUGUUCAAUGGGAACUCUUACGAGCUGUAGCUUUAGUUUCAGUGCCGCGAAUUUUAAAUUACGGUCGAGUUUUGGGAGCUGUACUGCGAGGGACGGAAUGGGGUUCGUGGGGUUUAGGAGGUUGAAGAGGGAGAGGCUUUUGGUUUCUUAUGGCGAUUUUGGUAGGUUUGUGUGUUUUAGUUCAGAUAAUGAAGGUCACAACGAAGGAGACAGAGAGGAUGAUUUGGCCAAGGAGUCGAAUGCGGUGACGGCGACGGUAUCGGCUGAAGAGGUUGAAGAGAGGCAUGGAAGCGAGGUCGAUUUGGAUAAGACGACCCCUCCAUCAAUUUCUUCAAGGUCGUCGAAUUUGUCUCCAAUUGGACCAGCUUACAACAACUUUCAGGUUGACUCUUUUAAACUGAUGGAACUUCUUGGACCAGAGAAGGUCGAUCCUUCUGAUGUGAAACUUAUAAAGGACAAGCUUUUUGGCUAUUCCACCUUCUGGGUAACCAAAGAAGAAGCAUUUGGAGAUCUUGGGGAGGGCAUUCUUUUCCUAGGGAAUUUAAGAGGUAAAAGGGAAGAGGUAUUCUCCAAACUCCAAAGCCAGCUGGUUGAAGUCACAGGUGACAAGUACAACCUUUUUAUGGUGGGGGAACCAAAUUCGGAAGGUCCAGAUCCACGCGGUGGCCCACGUGUCAGUUUUGGUCUGCUGCGGAAAGAGGUCUCAGAACCCGGUCCAACAACACUUUGGCAAUAUGUUAUUGCUUUGUUGUUAUUCCUUUUAACCAUUGGCUCCUCUGUGGAGCUAGGAAUUGCAUCUCAGAUCAAUCGUCUUCCUCCGGAGGUAGUGAAAUACUUUACAGAUCCCAAUGCCGUUGAACCACCAGAUAUGGAGCUGCUAUUUCCGUUCGUAGAUUCUGCUCUGCCUCUAGCAUAUGGUGUGUUGGGAGUUUUGUUAUUUCAUGAAGUUGGGCACUUUCUGGCAGCUUAUCCGAAGAAAGUGAAACUCAGCAUUCCUUACUUCAUUCCUAACAUAACUCUUGGCAGCUUUGGUGCAAUCACUCAGUUCAAGUCGAUUCUUCCUGAUCGGAGUACCCAAGUUGACGUAUCACUUGCAGGCCCUUUUGCUGGUGCAGCAUUGUCGUUUUCCAUGUUUGCUGUCGGUCUGCUGCUCUCAUCAAAUCCAGAUGCAGCUGGAGACUUGGUGCAAGUCCCUAGCAUGCUGUUUCAAGGUUCUCUGCUCCUUGGACUCAUCAGUAGAGCCACUCUUGGUUAUGCAGCUAUGCAUGCCUCAACUGUUGCAAUUCAUCCUCUAGUUAUUGCUGGCUGGUGUGGUUUGACUACAACAGCCUUUAACAUGCUUCCAGUUGGCUGCCUUGAUGGUGGAAGAGCAAUUCAGGGUGCUUUUGGAAAAGGUGCCUUAGUCGGGUUUGGUUUGACGACGUACACGCUGCUCGGGUUAGGAGUGCUUGGUGGACCGUUAUCGCUUCCCUGGGGACUAUAUGUUCUCAUAUGCCAGAGGAGUCCUGAAAAGCCAUGUUUGAAUGAUGUUACAGAAGUUGGAACAUGGAGAAAAGCUGCUGUCACAUUGGCCGUGUUUCUUGUUGUGUUAACGCUCCUUCCAGUUUGGGACGAGCUUGCAGAAGAGCUUGGUAUAGGUCUUGUAACAACUUUUUGACACCAAUUUCAAAGGGUAAAUUCAACUUUUAGCCGAAAUGAGGUAGAUUAUAUAGUGUAUUUACUGCCAAUUUUAUCAUUAUUUGACAUGCAUAUAGGCAUCUUUCCAUUUUCUUCUACUCAAUACACGUACAUAUUUGUUGGUUA